GUGAUGGAAAACAGUACAAGAGUGACAGAGUUUCUGCUGCUGGGACUGACUGAUGACCCGCACCUGCAGCUUCCCCUCUUCAUCACCUUCCUCCUCAUCUACACCAUCACUGUGGCUGGGAACCUGGGGAUGAUCCUGCUCAUCCUCCUGGACUCCCGUCUGCACAGCCCCAUGUACUUUUUCCUUGGCAACCUGUCCUUGGUGGAUUUCUGUUCCUCUUCCGCUGUCACUCCCAUAGUCAUGGCUGGGUUCCUCACAGGAAACAAGGUCAUUUCCUACAAUGCCUGUGCUGUUCAGAUGUUUCUGUUUGCAGCCCUCAUUGGUGUGGAAAACUACCUCUUGACUUUAAUGGCCUAUGACCGCUAUGUCGCAGUGUGCAAACCCCUGCACUAUACUACCACCAUGAGGACCAGUGUGUGUGUAGGUCUCGUCCUAGGCUGCGAUGUUGGAGGUUUAGUGAAUGCUUGCCUUCACACUGGGGAAACCUUCAGUCUCUUCUUUUGUAAUUCCAAUGUAGUCCACCAUUUUUUCUGUGAUAUUCCAGCAGUCAUGGCUCUUUCUUGUUCAGAUAAACAUCUUAAUGAACAGGUUCUUUUUUAUUCUGUCAGUGUCCCUGUUUGCUUUGCCCUCCUAAUUAUCUGGAUAUCUUACUUCUUUAUUUUUGUCACUAUCCUGAAGAUGCGCUCAGGUGCAGGACAUCAGAAGGCUCUGUCCACCUGUGCCUCCCACCUCACUGCUGUCUCCAUCUUCUACGGCACUGCCAUCUUCAUGUACCUGCAGCCCAGCUCCAGUCACUCCAUGGACACGGACAAAAUCGCCUCUGUAUUCUACACCAUUGUCAUCCCCAUGCUGAACCCCAUGGUCUACAGCCUGAGGAACAAGGAUGUUAGGAAUGCAUUCUUAAAGGUCAUUUAUGCAUUCACUUUUUGGAAAAAAUGUGUACGUUUUAAGUUUUAG